GAGAAGGAGGAAGAAGAGGAGGGGGGUUCCUCGCGUCACGUGACCCCGGGGUUGCCAAUGUCCGUCCCCGAGGGCACCAAGACCUUGCAAGUCGCCAGCCGCCGCCCCGGCCCGGUCCAGCGAUGCAGAAAACCUCGUUCUACGACAACUCCGCCGCCCUCUUCGGAACCUACCCCUACCCCAGCAGCAAUGGCUUCGGCUACGACGGGCCCCCGCCGGCCUCCUUCCAGGGCCCCCCGCACCUCGACGGCGACUAUCAGCGCUCGGCCUGCUCGCUGCAGGCUUUGGGCAACGCCGCCCCUCCGGCCAAGGGCCGGGAGCUGAACGGCAGCUGCCUGCGGGCCGGCCUGCCCCCCGACCGCCCCCCAGCGCCCCCCGGCUCGCCCCCGCCCAGCGCCGCCCCCGCCAGCGACGGCAAUAACCCCCCCGGCCCGGCCGGCAAGGGCUCCGCUCCGAAGGCGGGCCUGGGGGCCGGCUCGGCCCUCGCCAAACAGAUUUUCCCCUGGAUGAAAGAGUCUCGGCAAACCUCCAAACUGAAACUCAGUGUCCCCAGCACAGGUAAUACCUGCGGCGGCGGCGGCGGCGGCGGCGGAGGAGGAGGAGGAGGAGGAGGCGGGGGCGGCGGAGGGGGCGGGGGCGUCUCGGGGGGCGUCUCGGGGGGCGUCGGCGGCGACAAGAGCCCCCCGGGAUCCUCGGCCUCGAAGCGGGCCCGGACGGCCUACACGAGCGCGCAGCUGGUGGAGCUGGAGAAGGAGUUCCACUUCAACCGCUACCUGUGCCGGCCGCGCCGGGUGGAGAUGGCCAACCUGCUCAACCUCAGCGAGCGGCAGAUCAAGAUCUGGUUCCAGAACCGGCGCAUGAAAUACAAGAAGGACCAGAAGACCAAGGGGCUGGGCUCGUCGUCGGGGGGCCCGUCCCCCGCCGGCAGCCCCCCGCAGCCCAUGCAGUCGACGGCCGGCUUCCUGAACGCCUUGCACACCAUGACCUCCAGCUACGAGACGCCGUCCCCGCCCGCCUUCGGCAAAAGCCACCAGAAUGCCUAUGCCUUGCCGCCCAACUACCAGCACCCCCCCAAGGGCUGCGCCGCCCCCCAGAAGUACCCCGCGCCCGGGCCCGACUACGACCCCCACGUCCUGCAGGCCAACGGCGGGGCCUACGGGCCCGGGGGGCUGCAGGGGACCGGCAGCCCCGUCUACGUGGCGGGGGGCGGCUACGGGGAGCCCCUGGCGCCCCCUUCCGGCCCUUCCCUCUACGGCCUCAACCACCUGGCCCACCACCCCUCCGCCAAUUUGGACUACAACGGGGCCCCCGCUAUGGGCUCCGCCCAGCAGCACCACGGACCUUGCGACCCGCACCCCACCUACACAGACCUGUCUUCCCACCACGCUCCUCCUCAGGGCAGAAUCCAGGACGCUCCCAAGCUGACCCACCUGUGAUGG